CAAACGAGUGAAGGCCUCGAGGUUUAGCAGAGAGAACACACACGAUGGGUCUCAAUGCCGCCUCCCUUUCUCUCCUCUCCCUCACCAUCUUACUCGUCUUCUCUAAGGUCGUUACAGCGAAUAACAUCACGCUGGCCUUUGCAAAAUACUCCAAAUUCAGCACCAUGAGCAACCUCUUCAUCAAGACCAAGCUCAUUGUACCUAUCAGCAAAUACCAGACGAUAACCGUGCUCGCUGUUAGCAAUGACGCUAUAAGCUCCAUCACAAACAGAUCCGAAGUUGAGCUCAGGAACAUCCUCAUGACUCACAUUGUUCUUGACUACUACGAUGAGCUCAAGCUUCAGGGGAUCAGGGAGAAGAGUAUAAUGCUUACGACCUUAUACCAGACCACCGGGUUGGGAGAAGAGAUGAAUGGUUUCUUGAACCUUUCCAAAUCAGAAGGACGAGUUUACUUUGGAUCGGAAGUGAAGAACUCACCUUUAAACGCUGAGUAUGUCUCGACGGUGUACCACAAUCCUUUUAACCUCUCUAUAAUCCAGAUCAGCAUGCCAAUCGUGGCUCCUGGACUCAGCUUAGCAAUUUUCCCACCUCCACCACCACCCGUUCCUGUAGCUCCAUCUCCAACUCCCAUGGAUGCUUCAGUGGUUCCAGGUCCAUCUCCCAUGAAUGCUGCAACAGCUCCAGGACCAGCUGCUGAUGACAAUUCCUCAGAUUCUGCUGUCCCAAAAACUCCACCUGCAACUGCAACAGCAACAGACACACCGGAGGCUGAUUCUCCAGCUCCUGCUCCAAGCGCCGAUAAUGAGAAGAUUGAAGCUGCUGAUAAGGCUAAACCAUCUUCUUCUGCUUCUAAGGCUGGUUCGAGCUUUGAUGUCAUUCUCUUGCUAGCAUUUUUGGCUAGCUUUGCUGGGUUCUAAGAUGGGUGAUGUGGAUUAAAGACAAUAAUGGUAG